AGUGCCGAAUGAAGUUGAACACGCCUAUGCACACGCACAUGAGAAGUGGUGUUGUGGUGUGCUCACUUCAGUUUGGCGCUCCUCACGUGCUGAGUACACAAUUUUACUAGGAUCAGCAUUUUAUCUGCCGCCUAUAAGGAGACCAUUGCUGACAUAUCCGAGUAAGACAGCACCACAGAUGGGUUCAGCACCUUUGAGCAUCUAACACUAUGGAUUACCAGCCUUGGCCACGAAAGCACAUAAACAACAAGCGUAUAUGUUGGAAACUCACUCCAACAUAACCCAGCCUACCAAAACAUGACUUUUAAGCCAUUUCUUUACUGAACAAUAAAGAUAAAAUUACUUGUUAUUUAUUUGGUAAGCUCUCAGGAGAGGGAUAAAGCCAUGUCUGCACUGAUUUUCCUCAUCGUACUACAUGGAGUCUCCUUGGCGGGUGCCUACAACGGACGCAACAGUAUCACCCCCCGAAAAACAAUUCAGUAUGAAGAUAACCAUGUGAUCACAUUUAAAGAUGAAGGCAUUUGGAAUUACUCCACUAUGCUUAUUCGAGAGGAUUUGGGGCUGCUGAUGUUAGGGGCGAGAGAAGCCGUCUACGCCCUUGAUAUAAAGGAUAUCUCGGUUGCUAAAUCCAAGGUUCUGUGGAAAGUGACGGAGGAGAAACAAAAGGAGUGCAUCUCUAAAGGGAAGCAUCCCGAUACCGACUGUCACAACUACAUCCAGAUGCUGCAUCAAGUGAACGACAGUGUGAUGUACGUGUGCGGUACGAAUGCCUUCAGUCCCACCUGUGAUUACAUAACGUACGGUGAUGGACAGCUGAAACUAGAGGAUCGGCAGGAGGAGGGCAGGGGGAAAUGUCCUUUCGAUCCCUUCCAGAGAUCCGCUUCCGUCAUGGUUGAUCAAGACUUGUAUUCGGCCACGUUCUUCAACUUUUUGGGUUCUGAGCCGGUCAUACUCCGUACCUCACCCAUUUCAUUGCGCACAGUGAUCAAACGCUCAUGGCUUGAUGAGCCAAAUUUCAUCUACAUGGACGUAAUACCUGAAAGCGAGAACAGUCCCGAUGGCGACGAUGACAAAAUCUACAUGUUCUUCAGCGAACACGCCAUAGAGUACGACUUUUAUAGCAAGCUAUUGGUGUCCCGUGUCGCCAGAGUCUGCAAGGGAGACAUGGGUGGCCAGAGGACACUCCAGAGGAAAUGGACUUCCUUUUUGAAGGCACGUUUAGACUGUUCUGUCCCCGAGCCCAGCCUGCCAUACAUCAUCCAGGACGUCUUCCACGUGCGCCACAAGAAAUGGAGGAAGAGCGUCUUUUACGCCAUCUUUACAUCUCAGUCGAGCUCAACAGAUCAGACCUCGGCAGUAUGUGCAUACGAUGUGACCGAUAUUAGCGAGGUGUUCUCACGUGGCAAAUUUAAGACACCGGUGACCGUGGAAACGUCGGAUGUAAAAUGGGUCACAUUCAACGGAGACAUUCCUGUCCCUCGACCAGGAGCUUGCAUCAACAACGCAGCAAGAAGUCUGAAUAUUGAGCGCUCGUUGGAUCUGCCGGAUAAAACGCUACAGUUCAUCAGAGAUCGGCCCCUCAUGGACGACGCCGUCCGUCCGAUCACGGGCAAGCCUCUGCUGGUCAACAAAGGACCGGCAUUGACCCGCCUCGUCGUAGACCACGUAACAGCUUUAGACGGACAGUCCUAUCCUGUGAUGUUUAUCGGCACAGAAAACGGUUAUUUGCAGAAAGCUGUGAACUACGACGGAGAAAUGUACAUCAUUGAAGAAGUCAAACUCUUUCAGAACGCUGAGCCAGUCAAUGUUCUUCGCCUUCACCAGAACCAGUUGUAUGCAGGCUCUGCAUCUGGGGUUGUUCAAAUGCCCAGCAGUAACUGCAGUCGAUAUAUAUCUUGUCUGGACUGUGUUCUGGCCAGAGACCCUUAUUGUGCUUGGGAUCUCACGGCUCAACAGUGCUCUGAGUUACCAAGUUUACCCGCCAAAACAGAAGGUAAUUGGAUACAAAGUUUAAAAGAUCCAGAUGAGACCCGCUGCCCAAUAAAAGCGACUGCUGAGCCACAGAUCCGUACCCUUGUAUUGGGAAACAACAUCCAGUUGCUAUGCCGACCAAACUCAAAUUUGGCUCAGGUGAGCUGGAAUUUCAAUGGGAAGCAGCUGCCCUCCUCUAACAAGAAGUACACCAUUUACAGCGAUGGCAUCCUUAUCCACAACGCCUCAGCAGCUGACGCAGGACGCUACAUUUGCAUGUCACUCGAGUGGGCCAAAGGAAAACACUACACACAGAUGUUGGGCAUUUACGAUCUGCAUGAACAAAUAAUGGAAGUAGUAACCGAAAAAAUACAGACCACCCCGGGUAUCGUUCAUAAAAGCUACACAACAUCAUCAUCGGGUCUCACCGAGGUUCCGAAAAAACCCAUACCUCCGGAACCUCAAACCGGAGAAGGUAAGUGGAUAGUAAUGCAAGUGGCACUAGCCUUGUUGUCCAUUAUGAUGGCAUGUCUGCUCAUCUGGAAUCUGUACAUGGGCCACAUAUCUCCAUUUAUGUGCUUCGGGAGACAAUCGACCAAAACCCCUAGGAAUUUUACAAAGAGGGAAUACGUACACACAGCCAGCACCGAACGCGAAACUUUGGAUGGUAAACAACAGACAGUCAGGAUAUGUCCCGCAACGGACAAUGACGUAGAAGCUACCAGCUUUCACAGAAAUGGUCCCAAUGGGGAAGUACCGACAGACACGCCGAUUUGUAAGUACAUUACGGACGAGUCGGAGAUUUGAGCUCGAGGAUCCAAAAAGUUUUUUUAUUUAAGUUUUGUAAUCUUGUGUAAUUUUUCUAUUUAUUUAUUUUGUAUGUAAAUAAAAAAAUCUAUUCAAAAUACCAUGGUCCAUUAAAAA